AUGCAUUUAUUGGUUAAGCGUUAAAUUUAUGUUUCAUUUGGCGAGUUUAUUAAAUGUGUCGAUUAGUUAUCGAAUAAGGAAUUUCGAAAGAAUGUUUAUAAAGAAAUUAAGAGACUUAAAAGUGUUUUACACGUCAGCCAGUCGGUACAUUCGACAACAUUCGUUCUGUGACGAAUGAAUUAGCCGUAGGCAACAUAACCUAAAUAUCUCGCCCAUGAUACAGAUAUACAGAGUGUUUUGUUUGGCUUUUUAGAUUUCUAAAUAUUAAACGUUUUUGUAAAUAGUAUCUUAUAACAAACACUUGAGUGAAUUGCACGGUUGAAAUCGUUUUAUUCGUCUACAUCAUAUUGAUUUUUAUUCAUAACCACGUGGGAUAAUAAUACAAGUGCAACACACGUGGCAUUGGUUAAGAGAAUAUGUCGGAAUCACACGAUGUUGUCGGGAAGAAACGAAAGAAGAAGCGUUCUCACAUGCAAAUGGCUAAAAAAUUCGCCCGUCAGAGAUACAGCGGUAAUGAACUAGACAAGGACACCUAUCAAUAUUUGAUACGCGUUCUCGAGCUGAUGCGUACAGGAUUUCCUACAUCUGAGGAGAAGAUGAUGUAUGUGCAUAACGUCUAUCAAGAAACUGUAGGACACGAAGUUGAAUAUGCACAAAAUCAAGUUGGUUCACGUGUCAUGGAUUCUCUAUUGAAGUAUGUUGACUUGGAGACCAUUCAGAGGCUGGUGAAGGUGUUUGAGUCCUUUCUGAGGAAAUUGAGCAGCGACAGAUUCGCCAGUCAUGUCCUGCAAAAGAUAAUAGUGGUCUGCGCUGACAGAGGCAACAAGGUAUCUAAUACGUCAAUCACAGACAACGCUACUGUUAAUAAAGCAAGCACAGAAUCAGGGGACAGUGUUGCUGAUGCUGUUGUAGAAGUUAAGUGUUCUGAAAUAAUGGUUUACAAUAAUAUUGUGCUAAAGCUAAGCCGAUACUAUAUUAAUAACAUGGAAGAAUUUGUAUUUGAUACUUAUGCUAAUCAUAUCCUAAGAACAGUCAUAGAGUGUCUAGCAGGACUGAUUGAAGAUGCUGACAGCGAAGGUAAUAAGAAGUCUGUACCAUGCCUUGCAAACAGACGUCCUGUAAUACAAGAAUAUAGAGAUUUAUUGGUACAAAGCUGUGAUCGACUACAAAAGUGGCCACAGUUUCUCGAGUUUGGACAAGAUGAAAUUACUUCUGGUUUAGUACAAUGUGUCCUGUAUUCAUUGAAAGAUGUUGAUCAGGAUUUAACAAGUUCUAUAAUCAAGAAGAUUAGCAAAAAAUGUUUUAAAUCUGGAGAAGAUGAGAAACUAUCAAACAUAUUCAACGCAGAAUGCUCCAUCAGACUAUUGGAAGUUUGUUUGAUGGUAGCACCACCAAAGAGCUUCAAAAAACUAUAUGAGACAUUCUUUGCAGGUAAUUUGAAACACUUGUGUUUAACACAGAGCACUAAUUUCAGCGUACAAAAAUUACUGGAUCAUUGCACCAGCAAGGAAGAACUGGAAAUAAUAUUCGAUGAAGUGUCAGAAUAUUUUCCGGAAAUUCUCAAGCGAGGUUUCACCGGGAUACUGGCCAGCACUGGAAACGCAUGCUUGAGGUUGCAGACGAAACAAGGCGCAUUUGUCAAUGCUAUAAUCAAGUUACUAGAAUGCGGCACAUCCACGCAAGAUCAGAUGCAGCUUGUACCAUGUACGGUAACUCUAAAGAAUCCGGCUCAAUUAAAAACUUUGCCAAACAAUCAACAGCCACCUUUCAACUUACACGGAAGUCUGAUGAUACAAGCGAUGCUGCGUUUCAACAAACCCAUCAGGAUUGUAAACUCUAUAUUAGAGAUGAACAAUGAGGAGUUGCUGCGCUUAUUCGGUGAUCCGAAAGGCAGUAGAAUUCUCGACGCUUUCAUAGACAGCAAAUAUAUUGGCGAGAAGAGUUGUGAGAAAUUAUUUAAAAAGCUACGCGGUACUUGGGCUGAGUUAGCUAAAAGCACGCAUGGAUCUAGAUGCUUGGAUAAGAUGUGGGCAUGGGCGCGCAUGAAUCAGAAACUCAUCGUUAUGGAGGAGUUGGCCGCAGCCGGAGAAUCUUUGCGAUUAACCAAAUCCGGAAGGAUCAUAUACACAAAGUUGAACGUGCCAUUAUUCCAGAGAAGUAAGAAAGAUUGGUCGGAGUCGCAAGGAAAAGAGGAGAAGACCAGAGCACUGUUUGCAGAUAUUACUGGGAAUGUUUCUGGAAAAUAAUAAUUCGUAAUAUUGUAAUAUCAAUUCUCUCACGCGUAUAUUAUAUUUAUCGGAUGUAUGAUAAUCUAUAUAUUCAAUAUAUAUCAUUUUUUAUCAAAUAUCACAUUUAUCUUUGUUAUUUGCGAAAAGUGGAGAGAUCUUUAAAAUGAUACUAAAUAUAGAAGAAAGUAAAGUAGAUGCAUUAUAUCAUGUACCUGCAAAAAAUAUCACGAUACGUUAUUAAAAAUUAAUACAUUAAAA